AUGGUCAGCCCCCUGUUCCCUGUGCGCCUCACGCCAUCUGUUUUGUGCGUUGUUCAACCCUGCCCUCCUUCCCUCCUCCCCCUUCUCGUCUACUUCAGCAUAGAAGCAGCCCUCCCCCCCCCACCUCAUUUUCCUCCAUUCAGGGUGGAAGCAGCGACGGGGCUGGUGUUCCGCAUAGAAGCAGCAACGGGGUUGGUGUUCCGGUUCAUCAUCGGGCACGGCAGAAGCACACUGGACGAGCAGCUGCUGCAGGCGGAGAACAGCACUCACGGGGACUUCCUUCGCAUCGACGUGGACGAGGCGUACCUCAAUCUCAACCACAAGACUCUCGUGUACUUCACGUCUCUCUUCAAGCUCUAUGAAGCGGAAUUUUACGUCAAGGCAGACGACGACAUUUACUUGAGACCAGACCGCCUCUCCUCUCUGAUCGCCAGGCCAAGGAAAUCACCUCGAACCUACCUUGGGUGCUUGAAGAAGGGAGCUGUGUUCACUAACCCCAAAAUGAAGUGGUUUGAGCCCAAGUCAUGGCUGGUGGGAUCGGAGUAUUUCCUGCAUGCCUACGGCCCCAUCUACGCCCUCUCAUACGACGUGGUCAACAUUCUCAACUCCAUUCCCAAGGGCAGGUUGAGGAUGUUCUUAAACGAGGAUGUGACCGUAGGAGCAUGGAUGCUGGCCUUCGACGUAUCGCAUGAGAUGAGCUGGCCUCUUUGCCAAAAUAAUUGCACGCCCACUGCUGUGGCUUCCCCACUGUACCCGCUGCGCCCUUUUCCAUCACCUCAUCUCCUUCCCCCGUCUUCCCUUCCCCCCAUCUUUCCCCCGCCGUCCCAUCCUCCCCCCUGUCCCCCAUCCUCCCUUCUCCGCCUCCCCCCAGUUCCCCCACUGCUGGAGAUGCAGGCGGGGUGGGCGGUGAGCCUCAACGAGUGGCGCGCCAAUGGCAACUGCGAUGCUGCCACGGGGCUGACGUGCGAUGAGGGCGGGUUCGUCGUGGGCAUACGAACAUGCAAUCACGUGCCAUCAGUAAUGUCACUUCCUGACUGCCACUACCCCUUUUUCGCCUCCUGGAACCUCCCCCCCUCUUUCCCUCCUUCCUCCUCCGUCCUACCUCCUCCCUCCUCCCUCCCCCCCUCCUCCCUCCUCCCUCCUCCCUCCUCCCUCCCCCCUCCUCCCUCCUCCCUCCCUCCUCCUCCCUCCUCCCUCCUCCCUCCUCUUUCUUCCUUCCUCCCUCCUCCCUCUUCGUCCUCCCUCCGCCCUCCUCCGGUCGGAAAACCCCUCUCCUGUGGCAUCCCAUCCCAUGGCUCGCCCUCUCCUGUGGCAUCCCAUCCCAUGGCUCGCCCUCUCCUGUGGCAUCCCAUCCCAUGGCUCGCCCUCUCCUGUGGCAUCCCAUCCCAUGGCUCGCCCUCUCCUGUGGCAUCCCAUCCCAUGGCUCGCCCUCUCCUGUGGCAUCCCAUCCCAUGGCUCGCCCUCUCCUGUGGCAUCCCAUCCCAUGGCUCGCCCUCUCCUGUGGCAUCCCAUCCCAUGGCUCGCCCUCUCCUGUGGCAUCCCAUCCCAUGGCUCGCCCUCUCCUGUGGCAUCCCAUCCCAUGGCUCGCCCUCUCCUGUGGCAUCCCAUCCCAUGGCUCGCCCUCUCCUGUGGCAUCCCAUCCCAUGGCUCGCCCUCUCCUGUGGCAUCCCAUCCCAUGGCUCGCCCUCUCCUGUGGCAUCCCAUCCCAUGGCUCGCCCUCUCCUGUGGCAUCCCAUCCCAUGGCUCGCCCUCUCCUGUGGCAUCCCAUCCCAUGGCUCGCCCUCUCCUGUGGCAUCCCAUCCCAUGGCUCGCCCUCUCCUGUGGCAUCCCAUCCCAUGGCUCGCCCUCUCCUGGAUCCGUGCCUUCCUUCAAGGUAGCCACCUGGUGAUGCCACCUGGUGAUGCCACCUGGACGCUGACAGCGGAGCAGGUGCCGGCAGGGCUGCCAGGGCCCUUCCCCACGGCCAUUGGCAGCCUACCCACCUCACAGACCUUCCUUCGCCUCCCUGUCAGUCCCUCGCCUCCCUGUCAGUCCCUCGCCUCCCUGUCAGUCCUUCGCCUCCCUGUCAGUCCCUCGCCUCCCUGUCAGUCCCUCGCCUCCCUGUCACUGCCUCGCCUCCCUGUCUGCGGCUCUCAGGUGCGGCUCUCCAGGGCACCCUGCCCUCAGCCCUCGCCUUUUGAGACCUCUCAAAAGCCAUCAAUCCCCCCCAUGCUGUCAUGUCAUGCCCCCCCCAUGCUGCCACACAGGCGGCUCUCAGUCACCAUCUCUGUGCCCUCUCCUUUCACCAUCUCUGUGCCCUCUCCUUUCACCAUCUCUGUGCCCUCUCCUUUCACCAUCUCUGUGCCCUCUCCUUUCACCAUCUCUGUGCCCUCUCCUUUCACCAUCUCUGUGCCCUCUCCUUUCACCAUCUCUGUGCCCUCUCCUUUCACCAUCUCUGUGCCCUCUCCUUUCACCUUCUCUGUGCCCUCUCCUUUCACCAUCUCUGUGCCCUCUCCUUUCACCAUCUCUGUGCCCUCUCCUUUCACCAUCUCUGUGCCCUCUCCUUUCACCAUCUCUGUGCCCUCUCCUUUCACCAUCUCUGUGCCCUCUCCUUUCACCAUCUCUGUGCCCUCUCCUUUCACCUUCUCUGUGCCCUCUCCUUUCACCAUCUCUGUGCCCUCUCCUUUCACCAUCUCUGUGCCCUCUCCUUUCACCAUCUCUGUGCCCUCUCCUUUCACCAUCUCUGUGCCCUCUCCUUUCACCAUCUCUGUGCCCUCUCCUUUCACCAUCUCUGUGCCCUCUCCUUUCACCAUCUCUGUGCCCUCUCCUUUCACCAUCUCUGUGCCCUCUCCUUUCACCUUUUCUGUGCCCUCUCCUUUCACCUUCUCUGUGCCCUCUCCUUUCACCAUCUCUGUGCCCUCUCCUUUCACCAUCUCUGUGCCCUCUCCUUUCACCAUCUCUGUGCCCUCUCCUUUCACCAUCUCUGUGCCCUCUCCUUUCACCAUCUCUGCGCCCUCUCCUUCCACCAUCUCUGUGCCCUCUGCUUUCACCAUCUCUGUGCCCUCUCCUUUCACCAUCUCUGUGCCCUCUCCUUUCACCAUCUCUGUGCCCUCUCCUUUCACCAUCUCUGUGCCCUCUCCUUUCACCAUCUCUGUGCUCUCUCCUUUCACCAUCUCUGUGCCCUCUCCUUUCACCCAUCGUGGCCAGCUCAGUGCGCAACAGCAUCCUCACAGGCUGUCGAGGAUUCAGCUCUUGGAUCGACUCAAACGGCACCUUCCCUGUGCACCCCCCUUUCACCCAUCUGUGCUCAGCUCACUGCUUGACAGCAACCUCACAGGCUCCAUUCCAGCCUUCCUCUCGGCGCUCACACAACUCACAGAGCUGUACGCUCUACCUGCUGAGUCAAUCGAUUCAAUAGUCAAAACGUUGCCUAGAAAGAGUCUUGUUCACUCUACCUGCUGA